CAACCAUGAAAGAAGCCUUACUCCUUCUGGUGCUCACCAUCGUCUCAGUGACAGCAAUGUCUGCCACCUCUUCCGGGCUUUCCAUAGCGCUGCCAGGGUGCCCUGAUAAGUGUGGCAAUGUGUCCAUCCCUUACCCCUUUGGGAUCGGAGAUCGCUGUGCAGCUACGGGCCUGAACCGCUACUUCGCUGUGAUCUGCAACGACACGUUACAGCCACCAAGGCCUAUGGUUGGUGACCCUUCGGCUGCUGGUGAGGUCAUCGACAUCUCCCUGGAGCGCCAUGAGAUGCACCUUUACGGCCCUGUCAGCUACAACUGCUUCACAUCAAACACCACCAUGUCAGACAACUAUACUGCAGGGUUCGGCAUGGAGGGCACGCCGUUCAUCCCCUCCACCACUCGCAACCGCUUCACGGUCAUUGGCUGCAACACUUUGGGAAUCAUCGGUGGUUACAUCCACAGCAACCCUGACUUGUAUGUGGCUGGCUGCUACUCCUACUGCCAAGGCAUCAAUAGCACAUCUGACGGUGCGUUGUGCACCGGCAUGGGAUGCUGUGAGACCACCAUCUCCACCAACCUCACCGACUUUUCAGCGCUAUUUGUGAUCAAUCAGAGCAGUGUGUGGAACUUCAACCCAUGCUUCUACGCGAUGCUUGUUGAGGUUGGGUGGUACAGCUUCAGGAAGCAGGACCUUGUUGGUCACCUUGGGUUCAUCAACCAAAGAGCCAAAAGAGGUGUUCCUGUCGUCAGUGACUGGGCCAUUAGAAAUGGCUCCUGUCCGAAAGAUGGAGCAAAGGCGCCUAAAGACUAUGCUUGUGUCAGUUCAAACAGCUAUUGUGUGAGUGCAAGCAAUGGGCCAGGGUACCUGUGCAACUGCUCUCAUGGUUAUGAGGGCAAUCCUUAUCUACCCAAAGGCUGCCAAGACAAAGAUGAAUGCAAACUGCGUAAGCAGGACCCAAAGUAUAAAGAAUUGUAUCCAUGCAAAAAUGGGGUUUGCCGCAACACACCAGGAAGCUAUAUAUGCAAAUGCAGAAUAGGUAUGAGAUCAGAUGGCACCGAUUAUGGAUGCCAACCUGUACUUAGCCGAGCUGAAAGAGUGGUAAUAGGACUGAGUGUUUCUGCUGUUGUUGUGAUGUCUUUGACAUGCUUAUUAGUGAUGAAAUUACAACGCAGAAAGCACAGGAAGGAGAAGGACGAGUACUUCAAACAAAAUGGAGGUCUGAAGUUAUAUGACGAGAUGAGAUCCAGGCAGGUUGACACCAUACUUAUACUUGCAGAGAAAGAGAUAAAGAAAGCCACAGAAAACUACAGGGAUGAUCGGGUCCUUGGAUGUGGUGGUCAUGGAAUGGUCUAUAGAGGAACUUUAGAUGAUGGCAAAGAAGUUGCCAUAAAGAAGUCCAAAGUAGUAGAUGAUGACUGCAGAGAAGAAUUUGUAAACGAGAUAAUAAUAUUGUCACAAAUUAACCAUAGGAACAUAGUGAGGUUACUGGGAUGCUGCUUGGAGGUAGAUGUGCCGAUGUUGGUGUAUGAGUUCAUUUCCAAUGGUACCCUCUUUGAGUUCCUUCAUGGCAACGAUCGCAGAUCACCAAUCCCUUUGGACUUAAGAUUGAAGAUUGCUACACAAUCAGCAGAAGCUCUUGCCUACAUUCAUUCAUCAACUUCUCGCACAAUUCUGCAUGGGGAUGUCAAAUCCCUCAAUAUACUCUUGGACCAUGGAUACAAUGCAAAAGUAUCAGAUUUCGGAGCAUCGACACUGAAGUCCAUGGAAAAAAAUGAUUUCAUUAUGUUUAUCCAAGGAACUUUAGGCUAUCUUGACCCUGAGACUUUUGUCAGUCAUCAGCUAACAGAGAAAAGUGAUGUCUACAGCUUUGGGGUUGUUCUUUUAGAGCUAUUUACAAGGAAAAGAGCUAUAUACAUUGAUAACCUUAAUGAAAAGAAAUCACUUUCUCAUACUUUCAUAUUAAUAUUCCAACAGAAUAAGCUCCGGGAUAUGUUGGACUGUGAAAUAAUAGAUGAGCAAAUUAUGGUAGUACUUGAGAAAAUAGCUGAACUUGCCAUGCAUUGUUUGAACCCACGAGGAGAUGAGAGGCCAACAAUGAAGGAAAUUGCAGAACGGCUACAAGUGCUGAGGAGACUUCAGAUGCAGCUAACCACAAAAACAAACCCCAUCAGAGCAGGUUACUCUUACGGAACACCAUCGACACCUGUUGCUUCAGACGAAGUGAGAUAUCAGGUCAUGGAGACAGCCAAAUUGUUUUUAGAUGCAGAUCUUGCAAGAUAAGACGUGCAAGAUUGCCUCUCUUUCUUAUGUAACAUGUUUAUAUUGAUUUGUAAUUAUUAGGAUGUUUUUGUAAGUCCUGACUAUGCCAUGGUAUGUGUAUAUAAAUGUAGUUGCACAUGAAAAUCAUCAUCUAUCUAUUGCAAAGUGGAGUUUGCAAUCCAAGAUAAAUUCUGUUAGAUCCUCCAUAAAAGUAGCAUCAAUUUCGUCUGCUGUUUCAAUUAAACCUUUGUUUGGACUCAAUAUUGACUAGUUCACUUGUUAAAAGAGCUCAACGUUUUCUUUACACAUUCAUAAAAAAUACUCUUAAAAACCUGCAUGUCUGACAUAUGGGAUUAAGAUAGAUUUAGAUUUUAGGACAUGCAAUAAAUGAGUAAAUGAGUAGAUUAAGAUAGAUAGAUUAAGAUUCCUUUUAUCGUUGUCACUCUGUCAGCUAUGGAUGCAUGCAAAUGGGUUACCAGGAUAGAUGGCCAUUAUGAAUGCAGCAGGCGAUUUAAAUUCUUUUUAAGUAGGAUAUUUGGCUAAUAGGUUUUUAAUGGCAUAGUCAUACAACGAGACUUGUGUGCACAUGCGGCUUUGUUUGUUUCGGUUUUUUCCUAGAGAAGCUGAA